AUGAAGUUUCCUAAUUUCUUAAGAGUAGCUGUGUUACCCCUCCGACAUCUAACGGAAAUCAGCUAUCACGAAGACGGAAGCAUAUUCUUUACGGGUGGUGUAGAGGCAAAUUUCAUCCAGGUUUUAUCUCAACUACUGGGAUUUCACUACCAGCUUAUUACUCCAGAAGAUGGCGAAUGGGGGCAAAAGACAAGUGAUGGAAACUGGACUGGCAUUGUUGGACUAGUCCAUCGAAAUAACGCAGACAUUGCAAUUGGUCAUUUGACAAUUACUCCAGAGCGGCUAGCAGCUGCUGAUUUCUUGCCUUACGGUGUUGAAGAAAAUUCAUUUGCAACCAAGCGACCACGGUUUUUACCAAGGGUGUCAUUCUACACGCUACCCUUCGACAAUCUCGUAUGGAUUCUGAUCCUGUGUACAAUCUUAAUCAUGCCAUUUUUAUUCAAAGUUCUUUUGCACAUGAAAAAGGCUUUCCGAAAAUUGUUUUUGAAGAUGCUCGGAAUUAUUCUGGGCCAGCAGACAAAUAUUGAACCGAAGAGAUCUAAGGACAGAAUUCUCAUGGGAGUUUGGAUAUUUUUUGCGUUUAUAAUCGCAUCCUCUUACCGAAGUGUGUUGUUAUCUUGCAUGACAGUUCCAUUGUAUGAGUUAGAUAUUCGAACCAUUAAAGAUUUAGCCGAUGCCCUGAGAGAAGGAAGAUAUACAGCUUCAUACGGUGAGGGAUCAGUUGACAGAGAACUUCUUAUGCAAAGCCUUGAUGAAUCGUUGAGGGAAAUUGGUAAAUACAUAGUUCCGCAAAACUGGCUAAUCGACAACAAUAUUGUAGUAGCUCCGACCAACAUUAGUAAUUACCAUGCUGUUUUCGGGCCAAGAUUCUUUUUUCUUUUAGAAUACGGGGAAGAACCUUAUACAUCGAAAAGAAUUUUUAAAGAGACCAUUUCGUUUUGGAAUGUGGGAUUAGCUGUCAGAAAGCAGUUUUGCUGCAAGAAGCAGUUAACCAAGCAAAUCGCUAUGAUUAUCAACACAGGCAUUUAUGAAAAAAUUUACCAAGAGGAGUUAUUUAAAACCAGGAUAAACUUUAAUUGGAAAGAAGUUGAACAUAGUAAAAUAACAGCUUUAUCGAUGUCCGAUUUAUUAGGAGUUUUCGUUCUUUUGGGUGCAGGUUAUUGUAUAGCUUUGUUUGGAUUUCUGCUGGAAAAGAGCAAAAUAAUAGCAGAACAUUUUUUUGCCAAUUUGAAUGAUCAUAAGAGUGGAUAA